GGGUGGGCCGGCGGGCGGGGACAGCGACCCACGCCAGUCGCUGCUGAAAUGUGAUGGACCGGGGAGGGGAGACUCAGACUUGUAUCAAACUCCGCUGGAGUCGAAGGCGAGAGGCUCGGAGAGGCUGCGCGGGAGCGUGAUUAGCAGCGAGGUCUGUCCGCCGCCCGAGCAAGCCAGGACUUCCCAUGCUCCCGCACCGAGAGUCCCAAGGACGAGGAGGACCCUCCUGACCGGCUGCUAACCCUGCUUGUCCCGCGCCUCCUCCCCCGCAACAUGCUCAGAGCUCCUGGGAUCCAGCAUUGCUGAUCUGUGGUGGUGGAGUGCUCCGCCGGGCCGGUGUGGAUCUAAUGACACUGUAACGAUAGCAGGAUCGGUGCUUGCCCACUGUAUUGGGGAGAACCUCGUUGCAGGAGGCCUGCUGGUGGCGUCGGACGGCUGCAGAGGUGCCCCCGCCCGGCCGGGAAGAUGGGAAGCAAGGCUCUGCCCGCCCCGAUCCCCCUGCACCCCUCGCUGCAGCUCACCAACUACUCCUUCCUGCAGGCCGUCAACACCUUCCCCGCCGCCGUGGACCACCUGCAGGGCCUGUACGGACUCAGCGCGGUGCAGACCAUGCACAUGAACCACUGGACCCUGGGCUACCCCAACGUGCACGAGAUCACCCGCUCCACGCUCACGGAGAUGGCGGCGGCCCAGGGCCUCGUGGACGCCCGCUUCCCCUUCCCCGCGCUGCCCUUCGCCGCGCACCUCUUCCACCCCAAGCAGGGCGCCAUCGCCCACGUCCUGCCCGCGCUGCACAAGGACAGGCCCCGCUUUGACUUUGCCAACCUGGCCGUGGCCGCCACGCAGGAGGACCCGCCCAAGAUGGGCGAGCUGGCCAAGCUGAGCCCGGGCCUGGGCGGCCCCCUGGCCGGCCUCAGCAAGCUGUCCCCGGACAGGAAGCCCUCGCGGGGCCGGCUCCCGUCCAAGACCAAGAAGGAGUUCAUCUGCAAGUUCUGCGGCCGGCACUUCACCAAGUCCUACAACCUGCUCAUCCACGAGCGCACGCACACGGACGAGCGGCCCUACACCUGCGACAUCUGCCACAAGGCCUUCCGGAGGCAGGACCACCUGCGGGACCACAGAUAUAUCCAUUCCAAAGAGAAACCUUUCAAAUGUCAGGAAUGCGGGAAGGGAUUUUGCCAGUCCCGAACUCUAGCCGUUCAUAAAACCUUGCACAUGCAGGAAUCUCCACACAAAUGCCCCACAUGUGGAAGAACCUUUAAUCAAAGAAGUAAUCUGAAAACUCACCUUCUUACCCAUACAGACAUCAAGCCCUACAACUGUGAGCAGUGCGGCAAAGUGUUCAGGCGAAACUGUGAUCUGCGGCGGCACAGUCUAACUCACACCCCGCGGCAGGACUUCUAGAGCCGCCUCGGACCUGCAACCUGCCUCUGCGGCUCCAAGUUGCUAAGUCUGCUCAAGGACUUUACUGUAGAAAGCUACACACACAGAGAGAGAGACACACACACACACGCACACACACACACACCGGCGCCCUGUAUGGCACGCUGCAGCAGAACUCCCCCCGAAGUGUGGACUGCAGGACCCGGUCCCAUGCCCUCCGCACCAAAGAGCAUAUGUUAGUCUCUUGUAGAUAUUCGCAGCUCAUUUUAGAGCUCUGUACAGAACUUGGUUGGUUGGUUUUUCAUACUGUCCUGUCGGAUGCGCAUUGAUAACGAAUCUGGGAGUCAAAAUAUCUUUGAAAAAAAGUGUAUUUCGAAAUAAAUCUCUUUUUUUUUGGUUUGGUUUUGUUUCCUCCAAA